AUGGCGCUCUCCAUGGAAGGAUUUUGUCAUCUUCUGGACAGCAUUGAGCGACGUCUCGGUGCUAAAGACGUGAACCUCUACAGAAGCACAGUCAAUGAGCAGAAACUCGAUGAUAUCAUCAGUAUAUGUGGUCAGUGUGGGCGUCUGGAUGGUGUGGAGCUGCAUUCGUGUGGUGCUGUUGUUCUGCAGCAGCUGCCCCUGUUGUCCUGCAGUCUGUCUCAUGGAUGUCUGUUACCCAGUGAUCUGAUCAACACUCACUGGUCAUCAGCUACAAAACCAGAACAGAUCAGGUCAUGUCUGUCAGCUGAAAGCGCUCUGCUGUGGGACUGCUGUUUCAGACACUUCUUUCAGCUUCAGCAACAGAAAAUCCUCAGCACUGACCACAUCAUCCAGCUCUUCACUCCACUCCUAGUGCCAUACAAUGUCACCUACACUGAGAAGGCAGGGGAGCUGUUGAAGAGGCUUCUGACCCACGAAUCUGAGACCCAUCAGCCAUCAGAAAGUGAACUGUCAUCAUCUUGUAGCUUGCCCUCUCUUCUGGAUGACAGUGUGGAAAUCAAGCCGGCGAGGCCUUCCAAAACAAAUAAGCAAACUGUUGGAACACAAGGAAUUCAAAGUGCUGAAGAGGACAGUGCCGACCAAAGCCCAGUGGAAAGUAUUCCUAUUAGAGAGACCAAAGCAUAUCAGCUGCUUAAACAGUCUGUGGCACAAGAGAGGCACUGGAGUGACUUGGAGGAGCAGAAUUCUGAGCCGUCAGAUAUCAACAAAUUGGAGAGGUCUGAGGUGCUCCGGGACUCUUUAACGCAAAACAGUCGGAAGACUGCAAAAAGUAAAGCUUUCUCUGCUGUCCAGUCAAAGGCAUUUUGGGGAGAAUCAGAUGACAGCAAUUCUGAGAUCGAAAUGGCCUUGCGUCCUCAGUCCCGCAACACCAGCAGCCAUGACUUUGAUGAUUUUUAUGAUUAACAUUUCUCUUUUUAGACUUUUUUUUGUUUGUUUUUUUUCAAUGAGCAGUUAAUAUGUUUGAAAGAGAUACCUUUAUACGAUUGCAAAACAAACAAAAAUCUUCACUGAGGAAUGAGUGCGACAUUCCACGAAAACAAAAAAGAGCCAUCCUCUUUAUUGUGGCCAAAGACUGUGAAGGGUUUUCAAAACAUGCCGGUGUUAACCCUGCUUGAAUCUCUUUAGCUGAACAACACUUGGACCUGGUUGAAACAGAUUAAACUUGGUUUUUAAAGUGAUUCCUUUGCGCUGUGUUGAAUAUUACGCAUUUUAGAUGUUGCAGGUAUCUGGCGGUGAGUUGGAGUGGAAUGCUCUGAGUCAACUCCUAUGAAAAGCCAGUGCACAAUGGCCACUCUGCAUGCUGCUGAAACACCUUUGAACUCACUCAAGUACCCCUGGCCCAUUUAGGAGAACAAAAUACAUUGUGCUCAUCUCAAUAUAGAAACAAACGCUCUCUGUAUUUGUGGCGGUAGAAAAGCGAUUCCGUCAGCCGAACGUGAUGUGUCUCCUCAACUGACGAAAUGCACGGUGCAAUGUCCACUUCAGAAUUCGUCUGUUUUGCAAAUGUGCACACAUUUUUAUGCUCUCUGGCUGAUUCUUGUGGGAUUUCAAGUUACAUUUUAUACAUUUACGUCUGAGUUACUGUACAACAUGUGACGUGCUUGCUUCAAUUCAUUGUUAUAAUAUGCCCCUCUAAUGGCUAUUUUUAGACUCCACAUGAUAGUUAAAAUUACAGAUAAUUAUAAUUAGGCAUUGAAAAGAGCACUGAUCAAACACAGCAAUAUCAUUACAGUAAUAAUGGUUAUUUUUCCAAAACAGCCAAUCAGUGAUAACGACCGUAACCCUUUUCCUAAUGGACCUGAAAAUAACAUUGCGCACUAAAAUUGCUGUGCACGGAUUUCCAGAACUGUUUCCCAGCCAUCAAUAAUCUACAUCGCCCGUGACGGGGGAUUGUCAUUUUGUCUGUGACUCCGAGUUCAUUUGGUUUCAUCAUAUUUAACAUGCACGGAGGCAUGUUAUUCUGUAAUGAUACCAAACCUGCAGCAUUCUAUCCAUCAGUAUGAUUCCAUUAGUUGGCUUUUAAGUAACUUUAUGAGGCCGAACCUGCUAGAGUAGGACUCCACACUCAUUAGCUGUAAUGGCUGCAGCCAGCCUUGACCCGCACGCGUCGAAACGCGCCUGCAUAAUUUGGAGAUUGCUAAAAAGCUCCCCUCACAUAAUAUCUGUGUUAAGGAUCAUGUCAACAGAUACUUGUGUGAUGGAGGAAGCUCUGUGAGAGAGUUACAUUUUGCCGGCCUGUAACAACACCAUAAACGCUUUUUAAAGGAACCGCCUUCUGGAUGUGCUAAUAAAAAAAAAAAAAAAGUCAAACCCGGAGUGCGACUUUCAAAUGAUGUCGCAUCAAAACACAGAAAAUAUUUUGCUUAAAAUGAAACCAUGCCAAGAUUUCUUUUGCAAAAAUGUGUGUACGGCGCCACUUUAUAAGCAUGCACGAUGGUCUCCCAGCAGGGAAGGUCAUUAAAGCAUUCAGAUUCAAAGACAUUCUCGAAUUAAAUCAUCUGUUUAAUGGCAUAAAAGUGCCUGAUUUCAAGGCUCAGUUAGGAUGUCCGUUGCUGAAUCUCCAUUCAUUUGAGGAGUAAAAUCAGUCAAAUCUACAUGUUUAAGUCUUUUCUUAUUUUAUUAAGAAAGUCUGUGUUAUUAUCUAGCUAUUAUCAGUAUUAUGCAUGGUACGUGUGCAACAUCAUGUCAUGCGGUACAUUUCAAACCACUUUUACUCAUACCCUACAAAACUGCUUUCUUUAAUCUAAUCUAUACUAUUAUUAAUAAUAAAGUUGUUAUUAUUAACAAUAAUGAUUUAGUGGUACUUUAAAAACGGUUGUGCUGUUUAAUUAAGUGCGGAGUCUGAGUUUUUAUAAAUGUCUUAUUGCCAUUUUUGAAUG